UCAAAAAACUCACAGUCCCCAACACCACUUCCAGUUCUCCUCUGCUUCUCCAUUUCCAGCAAAUCCCUUCUCUCUCCUUCUACUGCAACUAACACUAACACUCUGCUACUGCAAAUUAAACCCCGGUUUUAUUUACUUUAAUCCAUACAUAAUCAUUGUUAUAACCACAGCUUUUUCCAGUAUAUUUCAUCGUCUCAUCAUCAUGGAUGGAAUGUACGGUUACCAUUCAACGGGAGACUACUCCGACAAGCCCAGUUUCCUCAUGUCACCUGACUCUCUCAUCUUGCCUUCCGAUUACCAGGCCUUGCUUUGCUCCUCUGACGAUCGCUUUCCUGUUUUUGGAUCCGAAUACUUGCUAUCCGCCACCCCCUCCGCGAUUUCCUCCGAUGGUGCCUCCAUUGAAGAUGACGUCUCCGCCGCCAUCAAGGCUAAAAUCGCCUCCCACCCUUGUUAUCCUCGUUUGCUCCGUGCGUACAUCGAUUGUCAGAAGGAGACUUACUGCGAUAUGUUAGUCAAAUACAAAUCUGAUCUUGCUAGGCCCUUUGAUGAAGCAACCACUUUCUUGAACAAGAUUGAAAUGCAGCUGCGCAAUCUUAGCACAGGUGCUUCCAUUAGAGGCCUGUCCGAGGAUGGUGCAGCAUCAUCGGAGGAUGAGUUUAGCGGAGGGGAGAUUGAAGUUCAAGAAGGGCAACCUAGAAGCGACGACCAGGAUAUCAAAGAUAAACUUCUGCGUAGAUUCGGUAGCCAUAUUAGCAGUUUAAAGCUCGAAUUUUCCAAGAAGAAAAAGAAAGGGAAGCUGCCAAGAGAAGCCCGGCAAAUUCUUCUCAGCUGGUGGAAUGUUCACUACAAGUGGCCGUACCCAACUGAAGCAGAUAAGAAUGCGCUGGCUGAUUCGACGGGUUUGGAUCAGAAACAAAUCAACAACUGGUUUAUAAACCAGCGAAAGCGGCACUGGAAGCCAUCGGAGAACAUGCCAUUUGGGUUGAUGGAUAAUAUAUCAGGUCAAUUCUUUACAGGUGACUAAAAUGGUGCAUUUCAAAUGUAUAUGUCUUCCGUCCUAAACUAAUUAGUUAAUAUUUUAUGGUGGUUAAUUUUAUGUAUAUUCUCUAAUGGAAAACCCUACUCUAUUGCUUA